AUGUGGUGGCAGCACCUGCUCACGCUGGUGACGGCGCUCUCCUGUCUGGCGCAGGCGCACUCCUUCCACGGCGGCAGGGCCUACAGCCACGACUCGUUCCAGGAGCACGACAUCCUCCAGGCCAUCAAGAUCCCGUUCCAGGACCAGAAGACGCAGUUCUUCGACAACGGGCUGGACGGCUUCCCCGCGUUCGGCCUGCGGCCCGGCUCCGAGAUCAAGUCGCCCUACCGGCUGUUCAUGCCGGAGAAGCUGUACCCCGAGUUCUCGAUCGUGGCGACGGUGCGGCCCAACACGCGCGACGGCGGCUUCCUCUUCGCCGUCGUCAACCCGCUGGACACGGUCGUCCAGCUGGGUGUCCAGAUCUCGGGCGCGGGCGCGGCGCAGUCGAACGUGUCGCUGGUGUACACGGACGCGUCGCUGCACUUCGUGUCCCAGACGGCGGCGAGCUUCGUGGUGCCGGCGCUGUGGGGGCGGUGGGGGCGGCUGGCGCUGCGCGUUACCGCCGACAACGUCACGCUCUUCCUCAACUGCCGCGAGCACGAGACCGCCCCCGCGCGCCGCCAGCCGCUGGAGCUCGUCUUCGACUCGGCCUCCACGCUCUACGUGGGCCAGGCCGGGCCCCUCAUCAAGGGCGCCUUCGACGUGAGUACCCUCCGCCACGCGCUGCGCUCUGCUGUGCGGCGUGUCGGGCUCACUCACGUCCCACAAUCCCCGACACCUUGCGCUACACUCUAA